CCUCUUCAGCUACUGCUGUGCAUCAGGACCACACUCUGCCUGCUGCACCAGACUGUCAUGACAGAUAAUAUGACAUUGAUGAACGAGGAGAGCAGCAACAACGAAGACAGCCAGCGUCUAUCGCACAAAAGCACGGGUGUGCAGGGGCUGCCGGUGUCGGUGGAGGGAGACAGCAGUAGCGGUGGCGUACCCGUUGACGACCAAGAUUCGCGAGAUACGACGCGAAAUCAAGCAGGAGGGGGGCAGGGACAGGAGCGCGGGACAGAAAACUCGUCGUCUAUCUCAGCCGAUGCGAGAAGUAGAAGCAGUAAUGCGACGGCUGCUACAGCUUCCGAUGCGAGAAGAAAUCAGGCCGAGCACGAGGGGGGGGCGAGUUGUGAGGGUGAUCCUGUUUCGAUAGCGACCAUACAAAACCUGCUGCUCAUGGUGCCGGUGGACCUAGAGAAGCUCCGUAACCUGGCGUGGGAAAAGGGGGGGUACCAGACGGACGAGGUUCGCAUGAAGGCGUGGCCAAAGCUACUCUGUCUCGACCGGCACAGCCUUCAAGACCUGGACUUCCGACAUCACUUGGAAACUCCCCAUCCCAUGACGGACCAGAUUCAAAGAGACAUCGAUCGAUCGCUCACACAUUUUUUGCACAUUCGAAAAUGGAAACGACAGCGACUACAGAGCAAGAGAAAAAAGCUUCGUGACGUCAUCAACGCUGUGGUUCGGAAGUACGAUGGAGUGCUAAACUACUACCAGGGGUUCCACGACGUCGUUUCGGUGCUGCUCCUGGUCACCAGCAACACCGAGCUGACCUUUGCGCUGACCGAGAGGGUCAGCCACUAUUUUUUUCGGGAUAGCAUGCGUGAGGACUUUGGGGUGCUCACGUAUCUCAUGCAUCUACUUCCUGCCAUCACGUUGCGCUUCGACAAGGAGCUUUCCACCUUCGUCUCGUCGAGCAAGGUGGAACCGUACUACUGCAUGUCGUGGGUGCUGACGUGGUUCUCCCACGACCUCCAGGACCAAAAGACAGUGUCGAGGCUCUACGACGUGCUCCUCGGGGCUCAUCCCACCCUCGUUCUCUACAUCUGUGCGGCUGUGGUCAUCACCGCGAGAGAGGAAGUGCUCGCUUGUGACUGCGAGUUCUCCGCUGUGCACAAUACCCUUUCGCACGCGGCUAAGGGGGUAAAGGACUGGGAGGCUGUGCUGCAGAAGGCCAAGGGGAUGUUCCUAAAGUGCCCUCCUCGAGAGUUGGUGACACACGCCCCGGCCUACAUCAAGGAAACCCUAGAUGCCGGAGGAGUUACGGCACUAGAGUUUCCUCCGCCAUGGUUCACUGGCACUACCCUUCCCGACUGGAUACUGUUGGAGCAGAGCAGAGAGAAAGAGGGGAAGAAACGUAUCGGCAAGGCGGCUAAGCAGUGGCGACGAGCGGCAAAACUAGCAGGAGCGGAGAACCCGGACGAGAUGCUUUCGGCGUACUCCAAAGCCUGCCACCCGGGAGCAGGGUCGGCAAGCCUGGUUAGGAAAAUAUUGUCGGCAUUGCGAAUAGGACCGAACUGGGAAAAGAUAUCUCCAUCUCCUGCAGCCGUACUCUCUACGGCGGUGCUACUUGGGGCGAUGUCUUACUCGUACCACCUUUCUUCGAGACAGCCGCAAUCAGGAUUCUUCCCCUGACAAAAUCUGAGUUGCUUCGGCUGGUUGUAGACUCUGGCCUCUCCUGGAGACGGCAGCAACUUGCAAUGUUCGCGGCUACGAGCGGUGGCGCUGCUGUUGUCGCCUCCUCUGAAAGCUGUGCGGGAUUACAAGUAACGCUAUCUUGCGCGGGAGUACCUAUCAUGCUCUUCUUGUCCCCACGCCAACUUUCGUUAAGCUGCGUGGUCGCUAUGAUGCGAGGGUACCUGUGGGCAUACGCCAAAGAUAUUUUGUUGCGGUUGCUGCUGCAGUGCGCCCCAAGCUAAUCGGCGGGAUUCGGAAAGCGGCCGCCGGCCUCAAGAUGUCCGGAUUAUCCGUCGAUUGCGACAUUCUGCAUGUCAUCACGCCACGGUUCUCGAAAAGGGUUGACAAACGAGAAUGAGAUUUUUGUGCAUGUGACGCUGAGAGUGUAAAUUUCGCAGUUGUUCAUAAAAAUACGAUGCGCCACGCGCCGCUGAGGCUUGUUUUUGUGGGGCAGUUUUUUCCCUGGAAGAAGCCAACACGUAUUCGCGAAGUGCGCGUGUUUCAGCUUGUUGGGCGGGGGCGGAGGGGUCACUCAGGACCUAAGGGAUUGUGCAUACGUGCAAUAGUAGUAGACAACGCAGCUAGCGCUUGAAGUUUUGGGAUAAUUAAACUAUCCGGCCGACCAAUCAAUCACUGAUCAACCUUGGACGGACCAAUCCCCAUAGAGAGCGGACAACGGCCUUCUUUGGACCUUCCCGCAAUGUAGGGAGCCGAGAGAUUUCGUCGAAUGUUGGAGCGUUAAAGAUUACGUAAAGGUUGCCCCGGCGAUAUGAAGGAUCUAUUCGAGGGAGAUGCGAAGAAAAGUGAAAGUGUAUGUGGCACCACCCCUUGUCGAGGUUGCCCCAAAGAGGAAAGAGAGCCGUGUCCUUGUCGAGCAAGACGUUCC